CAAGGCUCACUAACAGCAAGCAGAAUGGCCUUUCAGUCUGUGCUCUUUGUUUUCUUAGCUGGACUGGUAUUUUUCUCUGAAGCUGCACCACUGGUCUCCCAUGGCUCUGUUGAUUCCAAAUGCCCUCUUAUGGUGAAAGUGCUGGAUGCAGUCAGAGGAAGCCCUGCAUCUGAUGUGACUGUUAAAGUUUUUAAACAGGCUGAAGAUGGAAGCUGGCAGGACUUUGCUGUUGGGAAAACCACAGAGUACGGGGAGAUUCAUGAGCUCACGACAGAAGAACAGUUUGUGGAGGGAAAAUACAUGGUGAAGUUUGAAACCAGCUCUUACUGGAAGGCACUUGGGCUUUCUGCAUUCCAUGAAUAUGCUGAUGUGGUGUUCACCGCUAAUGACUCUGGUCACCGCCACUACACCAUCGCCGCUCUGCUCAGCCCUUUCUCCUACUCAACCACUGCUGUUGUCACUGAUCCCCAGGAAUAAACAUCUACUGUCUUUUCACACCUUCCUCCACUGGAACUACCAUAGGCUUUUAGGAGGGAGGUUUUUCCUACUGCUAAAGCAUAACUUUUUGCUACAUUAGUUGUUUUGUUUUGUUUUUCCAUUUUGUAACCCGGCAAACUUCAGACAAGUCAAUAAAAUAUUACUUCUUUAAAACAAUUUUGACUCAGUUAGUGAAAUUUUAUUGU